UCACUGGCCACGGGCUCCGUCGGUGGUGCGGGGCGGUGGACUGUGAGGCCCUGUCGCCCAGUGCUGAGGUGCUGGCUGGCUCCCGUGCCGCCGCCGUCCUCUCGGCUGCCUCUGUGCCGUGCGCCGCCCGCCCACCUGGCCUCUCCUCAGAGGCUCCACCGCCUUCGCCUCGGCCUCCGGAGUCAGCCCGCGCUACCCGCCCUCGCAGUUCCUCCGCGAGCCACUCGGGCGCUCGCGCCCUUGUGCCCUCCCGGCGCCCGAGGGGGCCGCCUCGGCUAUGGUGCCCUCCCAGGAGGAGUCCGCUGCCGCUGAGCGGAGGACCAGCGACACGCUGCCUCCAGACCCCGAGCCCUCGGGGGACACUUCGCUGUCUGGCCCGGGACCCUCAGACGGCUCUGAGGCGGCCACCGAGAAGGUGGAGGUGGAGCUGGGGAGACCGGCGGACGCUGAACCCCGGGAGCCCCCGGAGGGUGGCUGGGGCUGGCUGGUGAUGCUGGCGGCCAUGUGGUGCAACGGGUCGGUGUUCGGCAUCCAGAAUGCUUGUGGGGUGCUUUUCGUGUCCAUGCUGAAGACCUUCGGCUCCAAGGACGAUGACAAGAUGGUCUUCAAGACCGCAUGGGUAGGUUCUCUAUCCAUGGGGAUGAUUUUCUUUUGCUGCCCUAUUGUCAGCGUCUUCACAGAUAUAUUUGGCUGUCGGAAAACAGCUGUCAUGGGUGCUGCUGUGGGGUUCAUUGGACUCAUAUCCAGUUCUUUUGUCAGUUCCAUCGAGCCUCUGUACCUUACUUAUGGAGUCAUAUUUGCUUGUGGCUGCUCCUUUGCAUACCAGCCUUCAUUGGUCAUUUUGGGACACUAUUUCAAGAAGCGCCUUGGACUGGUGAAUGGCAUUGUCACAGCCGGCAGCAGUGUCUUCACAAUUUUGCUGCCUUUGCUUUUAAGGGUUCUGAUUGACAAUGUGGGCCUCUUUUUCACUCUGAGAGUCCUCUGCAUCUUUAUGUUUGUUCUCUUUCUGGCUGGCUUCACUUACAGACCUCUUGUUUCCAGUGCCAAAGAUAAAGAGAGUGAAGGUAGCAGAUUCUCCCUUUUUUCCAGGAGAAAGUUCAAUCCUCCAAAAAGAAUUUUCAAUUUUGCCAUCUUCAAGGUGACUGCUUAUGCAGUGUGGGCCAUUGGAAUUCCAAUUGCACUUUUUGGAUAUUUUGUGCCAUAUGUUCACUUGAUGAAACAUGUGAAUGAAAAAUUUGGAGAUGAAAAGAAUAAGGAGGUGGUUCUCAUGUGCAUUGGCAUCACUUCAGGAGUUGGACGGCUUCUCUUUGGCCGUGUUGCAGAUUAUGUGCCUGGUGUGAAGAAGGUUUAUCUACAGGUCCUCUCCUUUUUCUUCAUUGGUCUGAUGUCCAUGAUGAUUCCCCUGUGCAGUGUCUUCGGGGCCCUCAUUGCUGUCUGUCUCAUCAUGGGGCUUUUCGAUGGAUGCUUCAUUUCCAUCAUGGCCCCCAUUGCUUUUGAAUUAGUUGGUGCUCAGGAUGUCUCACAAGCUAUUGGAUUUCUGCUGGGAUUCAUGUCUAUACCUAUGACUGUGGGCCCACCCAUUGCAGGAUUACUUCGUGACAAACUGGGCUCCUAUAAAGUGGCAUUCUACCUUGCUGGAGUCCCUCCUCUUAUUGGAGGGGCUAUACUUUGUUUUAUCCCAUGGAUCCAUAGUAAAAAGCAGAGAGAGAUCAGUGAAACCACUACAGGAGAAAAGAUGGAGAAAAUGUUAGAGAACCGGAACUCUCUCCUAUCAAGCUCACCUGGAAUCUUCACAAAAGAAUCUGACUCUAUUAUUUAAAGUGCUGUAUACCUCCACGAAACUUGCUUUUGAAUUUUAAGCAAGUUUUCCUUUUAUAGGAAUUGCAAAUCACCUAUUUUUUUUAAUUACAUCCUUGGAAUAACACAAUAAUUGUGAAAUGGAACCUGCAUUUUACAAGAACCAUUUUCUGCUACCAAACAUCUGUCUGAUAUUUCCAGGAGUCUUAGGGAAGAGACUGUUACAGGAACACAUUCUGUACAGGUCCAAUAUUGUCACCACUGGAAGCUAUCUUAGUAAAAGGCAACUUUGGAAACUGUGGAAAGCUAUUUAGCUUCUACAAAUAUUUUUUUUAAAAUAUCUCGAGGCAUAUUGAAAGGGUUUCAUUUUGGUUUGGAUUUGUUGUUGUUGUUGUUAUCUGAUGUGGUACCUUUAGUUUUGGUAUUUUAACUACUUCUGAAUUUUGGAAACUUUUUGUAAAAUUGUCUGGAUCCCAGAUAGAACAUCUAUAUAAGCUUCAUGUCCACUGUUAAGUAAUUUAGGCUUGAAAUGAGGAGGUUCUGAUUUGCUCCAGUGUCCAGGCACCCUCUGGAAACAGAUGCCAACACAGACUCCAUGUGUAAGAUGGAAAGAACCUUCAUCACAAGGCAGAGCAAUUCAGAAAUUAGGCAUGUCUUCAUUCAUGUUUGUUCCCUUUGGGUUUGCAGUGUGCUCAACUCAAGUCAUCAGAAGCAUCCCACAGUUUUUGAUUUGUGUAAACAAUAAAGUAAAAUAGAAUGCAUGAACUAUAUGCUGACAAUUUUAACUUAGAAAUGCUCUGACUUCUAGGUUUAUUAGCAUUGUUAUUUAAAUAGUCUUAUUGAGCAUGCUACGAGUUGGUGCCAUAGACACACAUUGCAGGAGCAAAAACUUUUGUAUUCUUGAUGAAAAUAGCCUUCUGCUAGAAACAAGUUAAAGUGAUUUAUGAAGUUAAUUGGCCUUAAAGGGUUAAAACAUAUUUAUAAAGAGAAACAAUUUCUACGUUUCCAAAUUUUUCUAGCAAACCAUUGCAUUCAGAGGUAUAGUCAUGCAUCACUUCAUGACAGGAUGUUUGGAGAGAUGCAGUUAGGCAAUUUUGUUGUGUGAACAUCAUAGUUUAGUUACACUAACAUGGCUCCAAUGUCACUAUAUGCUAUAACCAUGUGGAACCGGCAUAGUAUAAGCAGCCCUUUGUUAACUGAAAUGUCAUGUGUGGUACAUGACUGUACUCCUCAUGUGUGUUCUUUAUUAACAUUCCUGCUAUAUUUUGUAUGCAGACUAAUGUUAGAAAGCUAUUACUUUUGAGGACCUAAAAUUAAAACCAAAGUCCUGCGAAGAUCUACUACUCUUUUCUAAAAGGAAGAUCUCUUUCCUGUAUCUUUGAAAUCAUUCUAUCAACCAUUAAAGUAAUAUGAUGCAAAAGUAUAUUUAAGUCCUAAACAUAGAUGAAUAAUGAAUCUUACUUGAGUGUAGUUUAUUUGCCUGCAAAGAAUAUUACCUUUUCCUAAAGCA